AUGGUCUCUCCUGCGAUCGCCUUGGCUUUUCUUCCUCUUUUACUCACUCUGAUUAUCCGUUACCGUUAUUACUUCGUGCUGCUGUAUCGAGCGGUGCUGACCCGCUGGGUGCGGGACUGUUUAUCGGGCAUCAGUCGAGAGGAGCGGGCCUUUCAGUACAUACUAACCCACGCAACACCUGGAGACUCACAGAGCAUCCUGGACACCUUCGACACGUGGUGCAGCAAAGUGGAGUUCAUCAGCAACAUUGGGCCCAAGAAAGGGAAGAUUCUGGACCGUCUGCUGCAGGAGAACUGCCCGAUCACUGUGCUGGAGCUGGGCACUCACUGCGGGUACAGCACUGUCCGCAUGGCCCGCUCGCUGCCUGUCGGUGCCCGCAUUUACUCGGUCGAGAUGGACCAGAGGAAUGCCCAGGUAGCAGAGAAGAUCAUUCGACUUGCAGGAUUCGAUGACGACAUGGUGGAGUUGAUUGUGCGUCCGUCUGAUGAAGUGAUCCCACGUCUGCGUGAGGAUCUGGGUGUGGAGCGUCUGGAUCUGGUGCUGAUGGACCACUGGAAGCGCUGUUACCUGCCCGACCUGCAUCUGCUGGAGGACAGCGGUCUGAUCGGCCAGGGCACCAUCAUCCUGGCCGAUAAUGUCAUCUUCCCCGGAGCACCUAAUUUCCUGCGCUACGCACGGCGCUGCGGCCUGUACGAGGUCAGAGUUCACCGUGCCACGCUGGAGUACAUGCGUGGCAUCCCUGACGGCAUGGCGGAGCUCACUUACAUCGGUAUCAAGUAA